UAACACACUUCUCAAUCUUCUCAUCCCUCGUAUCGAGGUCUCCCUAAAUCCUUUGGAAAAAAGCAAAAAGAUGCUGGGACGGCUGGGCAAGAGGCACGCCGAGAUGGCGGCGUCGUUCGCAACGUCGGGCGCGGGCUUCGGCGGCGCAGCGUUCCUCGGGCUGCUCUACAUGACGGAUUGGCGCGUGUUCGUCACCUACAUCCCCUUCUACGGCGGCAAGUUCGCGAACGAGAAGCAGGAGUAACCUUAACCUUACGAUCCUAAUUUAUUGUCUAGUGUCCUGUAACUUGUAAUUAUAAGAAUUAGCAGUCGCU